AUGGAGUCAACCGCAAAGAAUCUGGCACAGCCGCACAUUGACUCGUACAAUCGGUUCAUUAGCACCACACUACCAAAAUUAACCCAUGCAUUCGAACCAGUCAGUGCAACGGACAAGUCGAAUAAUUCAAUCACAGUACUGCUGGAAUCAAUCCGCAUUGAAAAACCAAGCAUAAAGGAGACCACCGGAAGGAAAGUCCAAAAAAGGAGCAUCCUGCCGUAUGAGUGCAGACAGACAGUGCAAACAUACCAAUCAGAAGUACUCACUGACGUAUGCAUAAGCAUAAACGGAAUCGCAAAGACCCAGGAGGUCUCCCUGGGAUUCAUUCCCGUCAUGGUCAGGAGUGACUUAUGCUACCUCUCCAGUAUGUCGGAUACUGAGCUAGUACAGGCAAAGGAGGAUCCGGCUGAGAUGGGUGGCUAUUUCAUAUACAAAGGAUCGGAGAAGAUAUGCCGGCUACUCCAGAUACAGAAGAAGUACGUCCCAUUCGGUAUUUACAGGCCGAGUAUGUCCAAGAAGAACAAGAACAUGUCCGAACAUGCCGUCUCGUAUAAAUCAACCAACCAGUUCGGGCAGAGCACUUUAUUCUCCCUCCACUACUUCACUGACCACUCAAUCAAAGUACGCGUACGCCUCCUUAAAAGAGAGUAUUACAUACCACUGCACUUAGUAUUAAGGGGCCUCUCAGGGAAGACAGACCAAGAGGUAAAUGACUCAUUCAGGGCCGUAUUAAAGGAUGCUGAUUUAAUGGAGUAUGUGGACUUACUCCUUCAGAGUUUCUCAUUGCACGGGGAGUAUACGCAGAGGGAGUGCCUGGUGUACUUAGGGAACAAGUUCCGGUUAUACUAUCAGAUGUCACACACUGAGAUGACGAUGCAAGAGGCUCGGUUAAAGAAGUCCGCCAAGAACUGGGAGUACACUACGACCGCACAGGGUAAGUCACCCUCUGAGGUAGAGUGUGAUAUAAGCAAGUAUCAGGACUGUCUUACGGAUGAGGAGGUGGGCGUACGGUUCAUUAACGACACGAUCGGAUCGCAUACGAAAUCAUUUAAUGACAAGUACAAUUUGCUGAUCCUGUGCGUAUCGAAACUAUUCCAGCAAGUAUCCGGCCGGGUCCCUUCUGAUAAUGGGGAUGCCCUGUCAUUCCAUGAGACUAUCACGAUCGGAGACACUCUCACGGAGAUAGUCACUGAUAAGGUACAGGGCAUACGACGGUCAUUCCGGAACGAGUUAAUAUCCUGUAUACACUACUUAUCCAUAUCUGUUAAUAAUCCGACCGAUCUUAACAGGAUCCUUAAGCGGUGCUUUACUCCAUUCACUCCGAGUGUUAACCGACUGCUCGCAUGCGGUGUCCUGUCGUUUACUAAUUUAAGUGCGUACGCCAUGAUGCAGCAAGCCGGGUUUACGAUCGUAGCUGAGCGGCUUAAUUACAUGCGGUUCUUCAGUCAUUUACGGAGUGUCCACCGGGGGUCUUUCUUUGAAGCCAUGCGCACGAGCACUGUAAGGAAACUUCUCCCUGAAUCCUGGGGGUUUUUAUGUCCUGUACACACCCCGGACGGAUCACCCUGUGGGUUAUUAACGCACUUAUCCCAUGCGUGUGUGGUAUCCCACGAGACUUAUGCCCUCCCCGUGCACGAACUCAUUUCGUACGGGAUGGUUCAUUUAAUGAGCACGCUCACGGGCGUACCUGUACUCCAAAAUGGCCGUGUCACAGGGACUGUCUCCCCGGACCGGGUCGGGUCAUUCAUUGACUCGCUCAGGAGGAGGAAAUUACGUGGUGACAAGUUCAAGUACGCUGAGAUAAUUUAUAAUGGGGAUACGCUCAGCAUUAUUAACACUCCGAACCGGUUCGUACGCCCGCUGGUUAACAUAAAGGAGGGCUGCAUUGAGUACAUCGGAUCGAGUGAGCAGAUGUACGUUCAGGUUGAGGGUCUGGCCCAGUGCACAGCGGGUGUAUCUGACAAGAUCACUCGGAUGUAUGCGUGUAAUAGCAAUCCUGCCAUGGUGUACAGUGCCCCCACGCACCGGGAAGUCUCCCCCACGCACAUGCUGAGUGUAGUGUCUGGGAGCACUCCCCUGGGCAAUUUCAAUCCGAGUCCCCGUAAUAUGUACCAGUGCCAGAUGGCGAAGCAGUCGAUGGGCACCACUCCGCAUACGCAGAAGUACCGGACUGACCAGAAAGUGUACUCAUUGGACUAUGUACAGACACCUACACUGCACACGAAUUUAUAUGCGGAGUACGGCCUGGGGGAGUACCCGAACGGGAAGAACAUCACGAUCGCAAUUCUUUCUUAUACUGGGUACGACGUAGAAGAUGCGGUUAUUCUUAAUAAAGCGAGUGUCAACCGCGGGUUCAUGCGGGGGUGUGUCCUGAAGACGGAGACUGUGAACUUCAACGACUCGCCUGAGUUUGAGCUUGGCACACUUUCGUGUGGUGAGGGUCUGCCCGAGGUUGGCCAGCUGAUCCCGGAUCGGGGUGUAAUUUACACGACCGUUAACACGAAAGUGUUAGAGGAGAAGGUUCAUAAGAACAGUGCAUCAGAGAGUAUGCGGGUCAAGCACAUUUCGGUGUACCAGGGUGCGGGUGGCAAGCGAUCGGCGAACAUAACUUUAAGGAUCCCGAGGAUUCCCACGAUCGGGGAUAAGUUCAGCAGCCGGCACGGCCAGAAAGGGGUCUGUUCUAUCCUGUAUGAGGAUGAGGACAUUCCAUUCAGUGAGUCCGGGGUCACUCCCGAUCUGAUCAUCAACCCGCACGCAUUCCCGAGCCGUAUGUCGAUCGGCAUGUUUAUUGAGAACAUUGCGUCCAAGGCGGGUUCUAUCCUGGGUACGCCGAUGGACGGCACCAUGUUCAAGUACGGCGAGCACGGGAAUCCUUCAUGCAGUAGCCGUAUAGGGAGUGCUCCCUGUCCAGAGGGUGGUGUAAGUGCGAGUGAGUAUUUCGGGGCCAUGCUGGAAUCAGCUGGGUUUAAGAGGGGUGGUGGUGAGACUCUUUAUUCAGGUGUCACUGGGAAGCCUUUAUCCGUUGACGUAUUCUUUGGUAUUGUAUACUACCAGCGACUGCGUCACAUGGUCAGUGACAAGUACCAAGUACGCACGAUCGGACCUAUUGAUCCUGUGACUAAGCAGCCGGUCGGGGGCAGGCGGCGUGGUGGAGGUAUCCGGCUUGGUGAGAUGGAGCGGGACGUGCUUAUAUCACACGGUGCAUCUUCAUUACUAGCCGAUCGUAUGCUUACGUGCAGUGACCGUGUCGUAUUAAAUGUGUGCAAGCAGUGCAGCACGCUUUCAUUCUUUCAGAGCUGGAUGUGCUCUGAGUGCAGGACGUCCAGGAAUCUUAUCCGUGCAGAAUUUCCGUAUAUAUUUAAGUAUCUUGUAGCAGAAUUAGCAUCUGUUAAUAUUCAGUGCAAGAUACAGAUGGAGCGGGUAGAGGCAUAAUAAACAGAACUUAUUACA